CACUGCAUUGUUUGGGAUGCCGUUCACUUAUUGCGGGGCACUGAGAACUGAAUAUCGGCCCGGGGAUCGGUAAGUGUAGCGGUAUUGCCACACACUUUGUUUGAGAAUUUGCAUUGAUUGGGGCGUGGAUAUUGAGCUUAGCUCACUACUUUAUGCGUGGCGAUACAUGAUCCCGCCAUGUUCGGCUGGGUGACGAUAGAGAUCCGAUAACGACUUACCUGAAUGAUUUAUUUCGCCAGCUCUCAACAUGCGUCCGCUUCCUGCGAAUAUUUUACGCAUUCUCAAAAGAUUCCCGUCUUAUAACUUACUAGCUCGUCAACCUGCAUUAUACCCCUUGUCAGUGAACAGAUUGAUCAGCCAAACGGUAACCAUGUUCAAAGUCGGCGACGAUUUCCAGAAGAUCCAGGCCUCGCGGCCGGAGUUCAAGCGUGACACCGAAGUUACCUUCACCCAGCCCCCGAAUCCCGAAUGGAAGACAGCAGACGGUGCCAACGAUGGCGGAGAGAGCCUUAAGAAGAACCACGUGGAGAUUGACCCCCAUGAAGAGGGGCGGCCGGUAGCGUCCAACUACAAGCUCCUUAUCUCAGGAAUCGUCCCCAGACCGAUCGCCCUUAUCAGUACCAAGUCCAAAGAUGGAGAGACGACUAACCUGGCGCCGUUCAGUUAUGCCCAGGUUAUUAACCAUGAUCCGCCGCUUUUCAUUGUGGGAUUCGUGGGGUCGUUGGACAAGGCGAAGGAUACGCUUAAAAACUUGGCUGAGACAGAUGAGUGUGUGAUCAACAUUAUCUCCGAGCACUUUGUUGAGGCGGCCAACGCGACGGCUAUUAACGCCCCGUAUGGUGUGUCUGAGUGGGAGACUUCUGGUCUGCAUCAGGCGCCGUGCAGUGUCGUCAAGGCCGCCCGUGUGAAGGAGUCGAUCUUGUCUAUUGAGGCUAAGCUGGUUAGAACCGAGGAGUUCGAGAGCCGCACCACGCCUGGUAAGAAGACGGGUGUGCUGGCUGUUGUUGAGGGUGUCCGAUUCUGGGCGCGGGAGGAUGCUAUCAAUGAGAAGAAGAGCAUUGUCGACUUGAAGGUCUUGAAGCCGAUCAGCCGUCUGGGUGGUAUUUCUUACGGGCGGACUUCGGAAGCCAUGGAACUCCCCCGCCCCAAUUUUUAGAUUUUAAGCGAUAGAUCUUCUCGUCCAGAGUUUCGUGAAUGUAUAGAUACGCUUUGUGCCAUUACUGUGCCCUAUCGGCUAAAUCGUACAUAAAUCGGCUGGUUGACCGCUUAAAAAGGAUUCUUGUGACCAGAAACAUCGGAG